CACCCUUUACUCCAGCACACUCUCACAAGCAGUGUCUGCCCCGCACCUUUGCACCGAGCCGGCGGCGCGCGAGCCCGCCCACCCGCCCGCGGUGAGAAGCACGGGGUGCGCGCCCGGAGCGGGGACGAGCGCCGUGGGUGGAGGAGCCGGCGCUGCUGUCCGUAUCUGUGCGUUCGUCUGCGAUCGAGCGAGACAGAGGCGGGUAGCUGCGAUGGGUCUGGUGGGGGCGAGCCGCGGUGUCCGCCUGCUCUCUGCCGGAGUCUUGCUCCUGGUCCUGCCCCAGCGAGCCGCCUUGGCGUCCGGACCCAAGGCUUGUACACCGAAUGACUAUCGCUUUCAGUACACGGAAUGUGACAGCACGGGGUCGCGGUGGAGGGUUGCCAUUCCCAACGAAAACAAGAAGUGUGCGGGAUUGCCCGAGCCGAUCAAGGGCCGUGAGUGCUCUUUCUCCUGUGCAUCCGGGGAGUUCUUAGAUUUGUCGAGCCAGACCUGCAAAAAAUGUUCUGCAGGCACUUACUCCCUGGGCAGUGGCGUCAGGUUCGACGAGUGGGACAACCUACCACCGGGCUUUUCCACAGUGUCUACGUUCAUGGACGACAGAGACAGCACCGCCAACAAUGGUGUCAACUGUAGCUUGUCAUCGUGGAUUCCCCAAGGCAGUUACAUCGUCUCCAACCGAGACGACUGCACAGUCUCGCUCAUCUACUCAGUGCAUCUGAAGAAGUCCGGGAGUGUUUCCUUUGACUAUCAGUAUGUGGACAACAGCAUCUUCUUUGAGUUUUUUGUUCAGAACGAUCAAUGCCAAGACACGGAAUCCACUGAACAGAAGUGGAUGCGUUUAACCGAGAGGGAUGAAUGGACGAGGCACUCGGUGGAUUUGAAAACGGGCACAAACGUUCUGUACUGGCGAACAACAGGAAUCCUUGUCGGUGAAAAACUGGCCAAGCGAGUUCUGCUCAAGGACAUCUACAUUGAAGGUGUUGCCUACACUUCAGAGUGUUUUCCGUGCAAACCUGGGACUUACAGCAAUGCGUCGGGCUUGUCUGUCUGCAAGCCUUGCCCCAGAAACACCUUCUCGGGAAGGGGAGCGAGCGCCUGCCAGAAGUGCAAUGAGGUGCUGCAGUUUUCAGAGGAAGGUUCAAGUAAAUGCCAGGACCGCCCACCCUGUUCAAAGAAAGACUUCUUUCAAAUCCACACUCAAUGUGACAGUGAGAGAAAGACCCAGGUGAUGUACAAGUGGAUAUCUCCGAAGCUUUGCAGAGACGACAUCCCGAAAGCGAUGAAGCUCCCUCCGUCUGGGCAGAAGCAGCCUUGUCCUCCGUGUAACCCUGGCUUUUACAACAACAACACCUCAAGCUGCGUCCCUUGCCCCUCGGCCACCUACUCGGAUGGGAUGAAUUCAUGCAAGCAGUGCCCAGCCGGGACGGAGCCCGUGUUGGGCUUUGAGUAUAAGUGGUGGAAUGUGCUGCCCUUCAAUAUGAAAACCUCGUGCUUCAACGUGGCCAAUACCAAGUGUGAUGGAAUGAAUGGCUGGGAGGUAGCUGGAGAUCACAUUCACAGUGGAAUAGGAGGCUCUGACAACGACUACCUCAUAUUAAGUCUGCACAUCCCCGGCUUCAGCUCACCGAUAUCGACGGCUAAUUCUGCGGGGUCAGAGAUCGGGAGGAUCACCUUUGUCUUUGAGAUGCGAUGUACCAAAGCCUGUGAACUCUACUUCAUGGUGGACAUUAACAGAAAGUCCACCAACGUCGUUGAGUCCUGGGAAGGCACCAAAGAGCGGCAGUCUUACACUCACGUCAUCACUAAGAAUGCGGCUGUGACCUACACCUGGGCUUUCCAACGCACCAGCUCUGCACAGGAGCAACGAAUGUACCUAAAUGACUACGCGAAGAUCUACUCCAUUGUGGUGAAUAAUGCAGCCAACGGUGUGGGGCUGGCCUGCAGGCCGUGUGCGCUGGGCUCGGACCAGAGCAGCUCCUCCUGCGUCCCCUGUCCUUCCGGAUAUUACAUCAACAAAAGCACGAGCAAGUGUGUGGAGUGUCCCGCUGACACCUACCUCUCGCCCCACCACGUCUACGGAGUGGAGUCCUGCAUUCCUUGUGGUAAAGGGAGCAGAAGUAACAAGGAUCACUCCGUUUGCUUCAGCGAUUGUUCUUACGUGCAUUCCUUGGAGAACCACACUUUGACAUUCGAAUUCAGCGGCCUUAGUGGCGUCUCCUCCUUAAUGAACGGACCCAGCUUUACAUCCAGGGGGACAAAGUAUUUUCACUUCUUUAACAUCAGUUUAUGUGGAAAUGAGGGAAAGAAGACCGCAAUAUGCUCAGACAACGUUACCGACGUGACUUUGCAGGAUGUACAGAGCGACUCCAGUGACUUCACCAGUGACAUCAGGUCUUUUCUCUGCCAGUCAACUAUCAUCCCUUCAGAUGGGAGGAGCUUCAGAAAAGCCCUGUCAUCUCAGUCUAUAAGCUUGGGUGAUAUCUUUCUAGGAGCAAGUGUUGAAACGUCAAUGCACAACAUUACAGCAAGACCAGACCACUUCCCCCUUCCUCCAACCAACGUACCGGACAUCCACUUCUUCUACGUGUCGUCGAUGUCGACCACCUCUUGUGAAAGUGAACGUGGAGCAGUGGUGACCAUGAGAUGCAAUCCAGCAAAGGCUGGGCGAGGAGAAAUCUCUGUACCAAGUAAUUGUCCUGGAGGGACGUGUGAUGGAUGCAUUUUCCAUUUCCUGUGGGAGAGUGCAGAGGCCUGCCCCCUGUGUACCAGCAACGACUACCAUGAGAUUGAAGGAGCCUGCAGAGGUGGAGUUCAGGAAACGACAUAUGUGUGGAAGGAGCCAAAAGUGUGCAACAAAGGGGAGACGCUGCCCAACAAAAGCAUAGCCAACUGCGAGAUGAUAGACUUCUGGCUGAAGGUGGUCGUAGGAAUUGGUGCCUUCACUGCAGUCCUGCUUGUAAUCUUAACGUGCUACUUCUGGAAGAAGAACAAGAAACUGGAGUACAAGUAUUCCAAGUUGGUGAUGAACGCAAACUCAAGGGAAGGGGAGCUCCCAGCAGCUGAUAGCUGUGCUAUAAUGGAAGGUGAAGAUAAUGAAGAGGAUGUGGUCUAUUCCAAUAAACCUUCAUUGCUCGGGAAGCUGAAGUCAUUAGCUUCAAAGGAUAAAGAGGAUAUUUUUGAGUCUGUUCAACUCAAGCCCCCAAGAUCUCAUAAUAUAUGAAGAUUAAAGAUCGUUUCAGAAACGGCAGUAAUUCCUCCUGUGGCGUGUGGAAGCAUACGUCAAGCACAAAUGACGUGGAUGACAAGACUUCUUAAACAUUACUGUCGCUGGAAUGCCUCUCAAAAGAACCAUUUGCAGACAAUUCCUGUUUGAUUGCCUUAUUGUGCUAGAUGGAAGGGGUCUUGGACCAGAGUUGCCAACAUGGUCAAUGCCUCUGGUUGCCAAACUGACAACAUAUAUCUCAGGAAGAGCUUACAAAAUUCUUAGUAAUUGUUCAUUGGAUAUUUGUGUUUACCUUUUCAUUGUGAUUUCUGUAAUUUUCAAGGUUAUUCUGUUUUAUGCUGCUUUUGCAGUUAACGACAAUAUUCCACAUUGAAAAGAAAUUAAAAUACUGCAAUUAUAAAUCCUAUUGUUCAAAAUUCCCCAUCGUUAAUUAUAUUUAUGCUGUGCAGAACAGCAAAUGAACUGCGAUCUAAUUAAUAUUAAUUAUAUUGUUUACAUCACUGAACCAUGUGUAAUGGUUUUGAUAUACAGCCCCUUCCUUUCAGAAUGAAGAUAAUGGUUUAUUAACGGAACACUCUGCACUGGAAAGGUGUUUUCCACAUUACUGUUUUGUAGCUCAUUUUAAAACUUGGAUGUUUGUUACAAAUUAUGACCGGUCUGUGUUUCUGUCUAACCGUGCUCUCCCUGCCUCUCAUUCAGUUACCCUUGCCAUUUGAGUUUUUUCUUUAAGUAAGUUUUCAUGCUUUGCAAUUCUGAUUUUUUUCCCCACCCUCCCCAGUUUCGCCACAAAGGCAAAUGGAACCUGUUUACAUUUUUGAAACAAAUUUGGAUCAUGUGCCAUGAAAUUUUAAAUCGAAAAGCAAAAAGAAACUUGAAGAUGCAGGAAGUCUGAAACCAAAACAGAAAAUGUUUUGAUACUCAGCAGAAACGAGGAAAUCUGCAGAUGCUGGAAAUCCGAGCAACACACACAAAACGUUGACAGAACUCAGCAGGCCAGGCAGCAUCUGUGGAAAUGAGUGCAGUCGAUGUUUCGGGCCGAAGGAUACACAGCAGGUCAGGCGGUUUCUGAGAAGAGAAUAAGAGUUAAUGGCGUAAGUCGGAGACCUUCUUGAUGAAAAGUCAUCAAGCUGGAACGUCAAUUCUGAUGAAAAGUCAUUCUUACUCUCGUUCUCCCUUCAUGGGUCUACCUGAUUCACUGAGUAUUUUGAAUUUUCUUUUAUAUUUUAGAAAUGUUAAAAAGCAAUUUUGAUGGCAUCAACACCAAAAUAUUGUUACUCAUUUUCAAUUCAUAGAAACAUAGAAAACCUACAGCACAAUACAGGCAUUUUGGCCCACAAAGCUGUGCCAAACAUGUCCUUACCUUAGGCAUUACCUAGGGUUACCCAUAGCCCUCUAUUCAAUGAAAGAAAAAUAAUAUUAAGAAUUGGGUUUACUGAAAAGUACAGCAGGUGAAAUAACUGGAAUGAUUCCUUAGAAUUCUUAUCGAGAAACACAAACUAAUAUCCAUAAAGUUUUGAGAGAAAUCUGAGAGAGAAAAGUGAAGCCCCACCUUGGUUGUUAAAUUAAAUGCUACAUUUCACUAUGUUUUGAUGUACAUGCGAUAAAUAAAUCUGACUCUGAAUCUGAAAUUUUGGAAGCUAGUGCACUAUUUUCGUGCUGUGAGUGCUACUGUAACAGUGAUCAUGAUAUAACAAUACUUCCACCCCCCCUCCCCGGGUUUGGUCAAAGACCCCUGUGAUAAGCAUUAACUCUCCUGCAGAACUAUCCCAAAGAAGGGUCUCAGCCUGAAACUGUUUAUUCAUUUCCAUAGAUGCUACCUAUCUGCUGAGUUCGUCCAACAUUUUUGUGUGUGUUCACUUUCGAUUUCCAGCAUCUGCAGAAUCCCUUGCGUUUAGCAUUGGAUCUGUUUCUCUGCUUUGAGUGAAGUAUCCAUGCAAAUUAAUGCAAACAGGGAGAAAACUUUUUGUGAAACACAGACAUCAUCCUUUAAUUGCAGGAGCUGCUUGAUGAGUGAACUUGCCAGGGGGCUUUCCUUAUGGAGUCAUACCUUUGAUGGCCACCGGGAGGCAGCAAUGCGCUUUAAAGCCAUUUCCUGCACCAGACCCGUGAAUGAAACACCCUGAUGUGGCGAGGUCCAUGCGGUGGCUGUCUGUCUCCCCACGUUAAACAAAAACACGCACAAGCGUUCUCCAUGACGGGGAAAAAAACCCCAUUGGUAUAGAGAUUCCCAACCUUUUUUAUGCCAUGGACCCCGAAGUAGACCUCUGCUGAUGGACUGCAUUAGCUUUCACAACAGACUAUAUCUGAUGGCAUGAAUAUCGAUUUCUCCUUCUGGUAGACAACACCCCCCCCCUUCUUUUUCCUACUCUGAUCUUUCAUUUCUUCUCACCUGCAUAUUACUUCCCCCGGGUCCCCUUCUCCUAUUGUCCACUCUCUCCUGUCAGAUUCUUUCUUCUCCAGCCUUUGACCUUUCUCACCCACCUGACUUCACCUAUCACCUUCCAGCUAGCCUCUUACCUCUACCCCCCCACCUUUUUAUUCUGGCAUCUUCCCCCUUCCUUCUCAGUCAGGAUGGCUGUGUGCGUGGUAGGUCAUGUCUAACUAAUCUUAUAGAGUUAUUCAAAGAAGUUACCGGGAAAGUUGAAGGCAAGGCAGUGGCUGUUGUCCACAUGGACUUUAGCAAGGUAUUGGCUAGAUCCUGCGUGGGAGGUUGAAACGUCAACUGUUUACUCUUUUCCAUAGAUGCUGCCUAACCUGCUGAGUUCCUUCAACAUUUUGUGUGUGUUGCUCCAGAUUUCCAGCAUCUGCAGACUUUCUUGUGUUUGUGCGUGACUUUAUAUGAGUGGGUAACUCUUAAAGAACUUAUUUUUUUUAUAUAGAAAUAAUUUGACAGACCAAAAUAUUCCCAUUUGCUCAUUUUGAUAAUCUUCAAUUCUGACAAUAUUAUCUGUUUACAUUAUGAAUGAAAUGGUGGUUUGAUAUUUUAAAACUGUGAAAUAGUUUUGCACAAUUUCAAUAUGAAAUGUUCCUUUGAAUUGUACAGGUGGGUUACUGAUAAAAGAACACUGAGGAUUUCUGUAUAUUUAAGGUACAAUGUUGCAGGGAAGAACAAAACUUUGAAAAUUGAGCUACUUUGGGGUGUAUCGGUUCUAGACUGUAACGAUUCUCGGACCACCAAGGGAAUGUAUUUUUGACAUAAUGCUGUAUAAACCAAUGAGUUGUAGAAUGAGACUGGAAUAAAUAAUCUGGUUGAAAUGUUGGGUUUGAUUUGGGGAAACACAGAACACUGGUAAUGUUUGUCACAAGCUGGAAGUGAAGAAUGAUGUAUUGAAUGCACGAUUCGUGUAAGCUUUCUGUCUGACUGAAAGAGAGAGAGCCAUUCAGUGCCAAUAUUAAUUUACUUUACACACACCCACAAACUUAAUUAGACAGGGGAGAGGUUGAGUUACCACUUUUGUUAGAGAACAAUUUGAAAAUCUGACAUUCAUCACAUCAAAUGUAACCAUUGUGAGAAAUUAGUCUCAGUGGCUGCUUUAUUAGGUAUAGGAGUGGAACCUGAUGUGAUCUUCUGCUGUUGUAGCCCAUCUGCUUCAAGGUUUGACAUGUUGUGCAUUCAGAGAUGCUCUUCUGCACACCACUGUUGUAACAUGUGGUUAUUUGAGUCACUGUCAGCUUGAAACAUUCUGGCCAUUCUCCUCUGACCUCUCUCAUUAACAAGGCAUUUUCACCCACAGAACCGCCAUUCACUGAAUGUUUUUCGUUUUCUUCACCACUCUCUGUAAACUCUAGAGACUGUAGUACUUGAAAAUCCCAGAUCAGCAGUUUCUGAGAUACUCAAACCACCCCAUCUGACACCAACAAUCAUUCCACAGUUAAUUUCACUUAGAUCACAUAUCUUCCCCAUUCUGAUGUUAGAUCUGAACAACAACAGAGCCUCUUGACCAUGUCUGCAUGCUUUGAAACACUGAGUUUCUGUCACCUGAUUGGCUGAUUAGAUACUUGCAUUAAUGAGCAGGUGUACAGGUGUACCUACUGAUUGUAUUUACCUUGGCCUUGUGUUUAUUUCUAAAUAAGUUUACUCAUCACUGUACCGAAUUAUAAACAUUUAUAAAUAUGUUGCUUUAAAAAUAUUUCCUGAUUGAUUUAAGUGGUAACUUGAAGUUUGAUUAAUACAGUGUGAAGAGAAUUUAUUGAAGAAUAACAAAUAUUUUAAAAUCAGAAGAUUUGUCUGACUUUGACUUCUACAAAAUGAUAUUUUUAAUGGUUUACUGGACUGAGGUUGCCUGGAGUCUUUUAAGUAUGAAUGCUAUCUUGGAAAUCUGUAAUUUGAAGCAAGUAGUUAACUAGAACAUGGACCAUUACAACACAGUACAGGCCCUUUGGCCUGCGAUGUUGUGUCAACCUUUAACCUACUCUAAGAUCAAUCUAUCCCUUCCCUCCCACAGAGCCCUCCUUUUUUCCUUCAUCCACGUGCCUAUUUAAGAGUUUCUUAUAUGUCCCUAAUGUGUCUGCCUCUACCACCAUCCCUGGCAGGGUGUUUCACACACCCACCACUUUGAGUAAAGAAUCUCCCUCUGACAUCCCCCUCCCCCUACUUUCUUUCAAUCGCCAUAAAAUUAUGGCCCCUCGUAUUAGCCAAUUCUGAACUGGGAAAAAGAUUAUAUUCUGGGGUUUCCUUGGUUAGCUCUCGGUUGGAUCUAUUGAACGAAUGAAACAGUUGAACCUGGUCUGUGGUUUAAUUCAUCUUUGGAAAGUGGGGCUGCUUUUGUGGGUGCUCUCAUCAUGGCUGGGUUUUCCUUAAAUUUAAGUGUGUUUUUGUAUUUAAAUCCUGCAUCGGUUAUUCCAAUAUUGGUAGAAACAUGACCCUAAAGAUAUUGUGGAAAAUCUGUCAACCCGGAAGGACUGGGUAAGAGCAUACCUUUCUGAUUUAUGAGAUUGUUUGCUGGUUUAGAUUGAAUCACAUCUUUAUCUUAACAAUUGCAUUAAUUUAUUACACAAAGGAAAGUACUUUAGCCAUCUCUAGAUGUCCAGCCCCUGUAGGUAUAGCGGUCUGCAAAAAUUAAACUUCUUGAUAUGUUGUGGAUUUCAAUUUUCCAGAGUUUGUCCAAUGUGUGUAUAUUUUGUACUUGUGUCUGAAGUUUGAUUUCUUCUAAGUUGUAUAAUUAUCAUUAACCAAAUAGUGCUGGUCUUUUGUGGCAACUUUCUUAAAUAAACAUCAGCAGUUU